AUGUGUUUAAAGGCAGCAUACCGCGAAUCUGAGGUGGUGUGGAUUUCAGAUGGAGUAUCCGUAUACGGUGUCGCAGGUUACGGAGACGGUAUCUUGCAUAAUGGCAACGUAAAACCGGGUAGUGGUGCGAUGGCUCCGAUGCCGGACGAUGACCUCCUCAUCGAGCCUGCCAGUGACGAGGAUGUCGUCUACGGUGACUACAAUUCCACGAUGGAUGGGGCAUCAUCCUCCGGUCCACGGCCCUAUAUUCGCCUCACUUCGCAGCUGAAAAAUGCUACACGACCUUCUGGAGGAGAGGUGCGAUUCAGAUGUGAAGCUAUUGGAACGCCACCGCUUUCUUUCACGUGGUUAAAAAACCAUGCACCUAUAGAGAAAUCACGGCGAGUAAAAGUACGGAAUCGUGAGAAUUCGUCUCGACUGGUGAUCACCGAGUUGGACGUGCUGGAUUCCGGCUACUAUCAAUGCAUUGCGUCAAAUUCCGCAGCUUCAGUCAACACUACCAGCGUUCUUCGAGUGAACAAUGUGCCUGACUCUGCCGUAAAGGCGCGAAAGGGAGGUAAACCACAUUCGUUGGACGAGUACGAAGAUUACGAACUGAUGGAUAGAGGACGUUUGCCGGACGAGGAAGAUGCGGAUCUAUUCCGCGUACCAGACAAUGCAGCAGGUCCUGGAUACAUGCCAUCUGGAUCGACAGAUAGAUGGUUAGAUGGCACGAAGUAUCGUGUUGGAGACUGUAUACCGUAUCGUGGGGAGGCAUGUAGACAGUUCCUUAGCGGUCGAAGUGUGAUGAUGACCAGUGAGAGUCGUGAGGACAUGUAUGAUAUAGAUCGUAACCUUCGAGCAGCCAUGAUGUUCAUCAACGGCGCACCGACGAUCUCACAACAGUGCAGACAGAUCUCGACAAAUGUCGCCUGCUUUCAUAUGUACAAAGUGUGCGAUCCAAGAUCCGAUGGGAAAAGAACGCUUUCCAUUUGCAAGAAAGAUUGUGAACAGAUAGAGAAUCGUCUCUGUCCUUCCGAAUUAGCGUUGGCUGCUCAACACGAACUUGUUGGUGACGGUCCAAAAGCUUUGUUCCCGAAGUGUUCAGCGCUUUCCUCGCCAUCGAACAAUUGCAUCGCCGUGCUGGAUUCACCAGCUGUUCUUAUGCCAGUUGAAACGGACAUUCCUCGCAAUCAUCUUACUCACUUCUGCUAUGUUGACAGCGGAAAACACUACGAAGGUAGCGCUUCUACCACGGUAACCGGGAAGACCUGCAUGAACUGGAAUGAUGCACCAUCGAGGGAUUACAACGUCAACAGAUAUCCAGAAUUGCGCUAUGGAAAGAAUUAUUGCCGAAAUCCUGGAGGCAAAAAGACGAAACCAUGGUGUUUCUCACAGCCGAUGGGACAGGAGGAAUACUGUGAUAUUCCACAAUGUUCAAGAGAUUUAUUUCCACACCUUGGGGAAGGAGUUGGUAACACAGAGAAUAAUAAUGCUGGAUUAGGCGAGUCGAUGACGUCGAUGUGGGAGAAUCUGGCUCCUCAUUGGCAGCUGGCCGUUGUCGGAGGCGGUGUUCUCACGCUGCUGCUGCUUCUGCUGUUGUUCUGCUGUGUUUGCUGUUGUAGAACCCGAAAAAAGUCCUCGAAAAGUCGAGCUGGAGCAACUGCGACUCAUUCUCUUUUGCCCACAACGAACCCUCCAUCCGUUGUGAACAGUGCGGCAAACUCUGCGUAUUAUCAACGGAAGUUGAACGGCACCUCAACUCCUAUUGUGAAUCGCGCCGGAAUAGGUAACGGACCCAUGGAAAUGGCAUCGCUUCUUCCCGCUCAUGCUAUGCCACCAACAUACGGUGAUACUUUUCCCGUACCAGCAGAAGAAGAACCAUACCAUAUCCUUGAGAUCCCCUCGAAUCAGAUCAAAUUUGGAGAUCUUUUGGGUGAGGGUCAGUUUGGCGUUGUGUACAAAGGGUUCUGGUCGGCGGGACUGAUCAGCGGCGACCCAUUACAGGUGGCCAUAAAAUCAGUGAGACCCGAUGCAACGAAUGCUGACCGUGCGAGUCUUGAGGAAGAAAUCAGAACAGUAGCAUCGUUUGAUCAUCCUCACGUGGUCAGACUGCUAGGUGUCUCCUACCUCAGCGGACGUCUGUCAGCUGUAUUCGAGUACAUGGUGAAUGGUGAUCUGCAUGAGUUCCUUCGAAUACGUGCACCUUCGCAUCCGGAUCACAAUCCUGCCGAUGACAGCACCGACUUCAUGAGUAUAGCAACUCAGAUUGCUUAUGGUAUGGAGUAUCUUGCUUCCAUGUCGUUCGUUCAUCGCGAUCUGGCUUCGAGGAAUUGCCUUGUCGGAGAUCAAAGAAUAAUUAAGAUCGCUGACUUUGGACUUAUGCGAACUUGCUACGACGGCGACUAUUACAAGAUGGUGCAUCGUACAUGGAUGCCAGUGCGAUGGAUGGCAAAAGAGGCGCUCGAACAAGGUCGAUUCAGCGAAGCAUCGGAUGUAUGGUCGUUUGGCGUGACACUUUGGGAGAUCUGGAGCUACGGUCGUCAGCCGUACGGCUCUGCAUCGAAUCAGACCGUUAUCGAACUCAUCGCUAACCGACAUCUACUAGAGUGCCCAGCGAACUGUCCCACCAACAUUUAUGGGUUGAUGAUCGAGUGUUGGAAUGCGAAUCCGGAGCGUCGUCCAUCUUUCUCGGAGAUUCACAGCCGUUUGCAGUCUUGGUCCGUUGUCAGUCCAGCUCACUCCAUCUUACAGCACAACCAACGGACGAGUGCUAGCUCCCAAAGUGGGUCUUCUGGAGCAGGAGGACGAGGGCAAUCAAACAGGGUGUCGUCGCUUACUCGCACUGCUCCGUACCAACAGCAAGCGGUACGACAACGAAGAACGGAGGAUGCGAGUCCGUUGAUGAGGAGGGACGCGAACUACGCGUACUCCGAUGAUGGCGACUCCGACUAG